CACGUCAACCGCAACGGAAAACGCACGCAGAACGCAUCACAUUGUCGUCUGGCAUUGGUGGCGUAUCGUUCGGUUAGUCCGGGUGGGUCAAGUUACCCGCAAUUCGAUAAAACUCAAUAGGCAUUGAACUUGAUUUGUUUUGAACAUAGCGAGGCAGUGUCGAACGAUUAGUUAGCCGAACUUAUUAAUUAGCCCGGGAAGUGCCUUGUACCAAAGAUAGUUCAGCGAAAUUUGAAAAUGCAACAGCCGACAGUCAUAAUUAGUGGAGCACCAGCAGUUGGACCCGAAUCAACCAGCCUGAUCUGCCCAUCGUGCCGGGCUCAGGUGAGGACACGUGUCGAACACAACUCCACCACCAAGACGCACAUCAUUGCCCUGCUACUAUUUGUGUUCUGCUGCUGGCCGUGCAUCUGUGUGCCAUACUGCUGCAACUCGUGCAGAAAUGCUGACCACUACUGUCCAAACUGCAAUGCCUUCAUUGGAAGCCACCAGCACUGAUUGAGCCAAUUAAAUAUAAGUUUUUAAAACCCAAGACUAUUAUUAUAAAGUUAAUCUGAUCGCACAACAGUUAAGAUUCGAUGUGAAUACUAUCAUGAAAAUGAAGCUUUUGAAUGUACAGCCUUAUCAAUAACAGAAUAAACCAUUAUUAAUCAAUCGGUUUCAA